AAACUCUUAGCUCACGCAUGUACGGUUCGGUUGAUAUGACACACACCUGCCCAUUACAUUAACAUGGGAUUUAAAACCUCAGAAGCUUCUACGUCUGUCUCGAUACGCCUCCAAAGACGGAAAUCGCAUUUUGUUUAAAUUUUCUUAGAUCUUGAUAAAAGAAAAUUAAACUUUGGUACGAUACUUGGACUUCUUGAUUAUAUGUAUAAUUAUAAUUAAUAUUAACGAAGAAACGACUAAUUGUUUCUCAACAUCCUCCUCUUGGUCUCUGACUCUCCAUGGAAAAACAUCACUCAUCCUUGCAAGAACUUCCCAUUGAUGUCGAUGGCAAGUAUUAUCAAAUUCAACACAAACAGCAUAACAAUCUUACUAAUGUUGCUAUCCGAUAUCUACCGUCCCUCUUAUUAGUAACCUCAAUUAUCAUCACGUUUGUUCUUCUAAAUGGUGCUCCUUUUCGUAGUACAAAUAAUAACCCUUCAUAUCUACUACCAAACGGGGUUUCUAAUUCUUCAUCACCAGUAGUACUCCCAUCUUCAAUUACUUCACCUGUUUCUUCUUCUUCUUCUUCACGAGAUGCAGUAGUUGACGAAGGGUUGAGAGUAAGUUUGGCCCCAAGUAGUACUACUGAUCAGAAUAAGCAGAAAUGCGAUCUCUUUACGGGUAAAUGGGUCUGGGAUGAAGAAAAUGCUCCGUACUAUACUAAUGCAACAUGUUCAGCAAUACAUGAGCAACAGAAUUGCAUAAAAUACGAAAAACCCAACUUGGAUUUUACCAAAUGGAGAUGGAAACCAAAUGAAUGUGAACUUCCCAUUUUCGAUCCGGUGGAAUUCUUGGAGCUUCUAAGGGGGAAGUCUCUGGCAUUUAUUGGAGAUUCUGUUGGAAGAAAUCAGUUUGCUUCCUUGGUGUGCCUCCUUGCCAAGGUAGGGUACCCAGAGGACCAUUCCUACUCACCAGAUCCACAAACCAAACGGGUAGUCUACACAAAUUACAACUUCACCCUGUCCUUGUUUUGGUCCCCGUAUCUUGUGAAAACAAAAGAAAAUGGUCCAAGUAAUAGUGGUGCACCACUGAAUAUCUACCUCGAUGAAUUCGAUGUCGAAUGGACUUCACAGAUCGAAUAUCAUGAUUACAUAAUUUUGUCUGCUGGACACUGGUUCUUUCGUCCCGCGAUGUUUUAUGAAAGUGGUAAACUUGUUGGAUGCUUAUACUGUGAUGAUGAUAACGUCAAACAUUUUGAUCCCACAUAUGGUUAUGGAAGAGCUUUUGCAACCUCGUUCAGAGCUGUUAACAGCUUAGAAAAUUUCAAGGGUAUAGCAUUCUUAAGAACGUUCUCACCAUCGCAUUUUGAGGGUGGGUCAUGGAAUGAAGGUGGGAAUUGCUUAAAGACGAAGCCAUUUUUGAGUAAUGAGACGCAAUUGCAUGAUCAAGAUCUCAAGAUGUAUACGACUCAAUUGGAGGAGUUUAAGGUUGCCGAGAGAGAGGGGCUGAAGAAGAAUUCAGGGGUCGUCAACAAUUUUAGAUUGCUUGAUACAACUCAAAUGUUGUGGUUGAGACCAGAUGGACAUCCAAGUAGUUAUUGGCACACGAAAGGAGAGGUUGGCAAGUACAAUGAUUGUGUGCAUUGGUGUUUGCCUGGCCCUAUUGAUACUUCGAAUGAUAUCUUGUUUGAGAUGUUGAAGAUCGAAACUAAUUGAAAAAACAUGUGUGGAAAGUCUUUUCUUUCUCAAGGGUGAAAUCAGGUGUAGAGUGGAAAACUGCAUGAAAAUUAUCAGCAGCACAAGGGAAGCAAUUUCCACAGGCAGUUUAGUUACGAAUCACGAGAACCCUGAUAAAUCAAGCGAGGGGAACAAUAAGUGGCGGUAGUGAGUGCUACAAGAAACGGUCAUUAGCUAACUUAGCUAAGACUGACUCUUUCUUUUUUUCCACUCCUUUUUGUAUUCCGCAAUAAUUAUGCAACAUAUUUAUGCAUGCUGUUUAAAAUAAAGAGAUUUUUAACUAAGGUAAUUUUAUGAUUAUAUUGUCAAUGUAUCUGUGGGAACUGAUCUAGAUACAUGAAGGAUUCCUUCUGAAUUCAGAUGAUCUCUGAAGACGUAAAGAACCUCAAGUUCAUUUCGGUAAGGCAAAUGAUUCAA